CUGGAUAUACAAAGAAAACAAAAAUGGCAGCGAGAGUGUUAAUGCUAAUAGUAGCAGCAGCCUGGUUGACAAGCACCAAUUUGGCUAUUGCUGGUGGGGAACCGGAGUUCUUCCAUGUAGGAGGCAAAGUAUUGUGCCAGGACUGCAACCAGGGCUACAAUGAAUGGAUCCAUGGUUCCAAACCCAUUAAAGGUUCUAAGGUGUCCAUCACAUGUAUGGACAAAAGACACCGAGUAAUACAUUAUGGAAGUGAUGAGACAGACGAACAAGGCGAAUAUGACAUUACCAUAAGCAAGUACAAGAACGGCAAGGAAGUCAAGCCAGAGUUGUGUACAGUGAGGCUGGUGUCAUCCCCAGAUCCAGUUUGCAACAUUUUCACCAACUUUGGUAGUGGAAAAUCAGGGGUUAAGCUCCAGCGGCCAAGCUCGGUGUUCCGCGAUUUGGUUAAAUAUACACUUGGUCCUUUUUAUUGCACUCUUCCAAUGUGUGAGAAACCUGACACUAGUGAAAACCAGGAGGGAGAAGGAAGCAACUAGUAGCAAUUUGUUGAAACUCUCUUUCUUAGUUCCAUUGUAUUUUCUUUCCUAAUUCCAUUGUAUUUUCUUUUCACCAGGAAUUCGUAAUUGGAUCAUUAUAUUAUAGACACGUUUGAUAGUGUGUUGUAUUUUGACCUACCAAAAAAAGAUGAGUUAAGUUUCAAAAUUGUAGAAAUAUGAAUUGUGUUGACAAAAGAUGUUUGAACCUUAAACAAAACUACGUUGAGGUUAGAUUAAUAAAACUGGUAGCAGCUUCUUUUGCUACCGCAAAAUGGUGAGGUGGGUUGCCAACGCGGCUACUUCUGCCUCA